AGGCGCCUCGAGGGCGCGCGAGCAGCCCCGGGGGAAGCGAGUCCGCGGGUGGGGCUGACGCGUGCGCACGGCCGACCGCCCCGGUUCGGUUCCCCCGUUUCUGGGCCUGCGGCGCCGACUGGGCCGGGGGCAGCACGCGAUGGCCGUGGGCACGGGCACGUCGCUGGCGCUGUCCUCGCUCCUGUCGCUGCUGCUCUUCGCCGGGAUGCAGAUGUACAGCCGGCAGCUGGCGUCCACCGAGUGGCUCACCAUCCAGGGGGGCCUGCUGGGCUCCGGCCUGUUCGUCUUCUCGCUCACCGCCUUCAAUAAUCUGGAGAAUCUGGUUUUUGGCAAAGGAUUCCAAGCAAAGAUCUUCCCUGAGACUCUUCUCUGCCUCCUGCUGGCUCUCCUUGCGUCUGGCCUCAUUCACCGAGUCUGCGUCACCACCUGCUUCAUCUUCUCCAUGGUCGGCCUGUACUACAUCAACAAGAUCUCCUCCACCCUGUACCAGGCAGCGGCUCCCGUCCUCACCCCAGCCAGGGUCACGGGGAAGGGCAAGAAGAGAAAUUGACCCUGAAUGUCCAAUAAACUUGAUCUUUGUAGCCCCGGGA